AAAAAAUCGAAAUAAAACAUAAAAUAUGGUAGCAAAACUGAAGAAUGUGAAAUUACGUUGCGUAAUUCAUUCUUGCCGGACCCGAGCUCCAGUUUUGUAUCCUGUGCCUAUGGAGAUGCAAAAGAUCCUAAAAUUAGAGCGUAAUCCAGCGCAUCGGAUAUGCAGUAACCAUUUUUCUCCAGAUGAUUUUAUUACAUAUAAGCGAUCAAAGUUAAACGCACAAGCAACACCAACGAUAAUUUCGAAAGGAUGCAUUGCCAAACAGAUAGUUCCUAAAGAGGGAUGCUGGGUGGUUGGAUGCAAUGUAAAAACCAAGAAGCGUUUGGUCAAAAUUCCUCAUAAUGAUGCCAUUCGUAAAAAGUGGAUAUCAUCGCUAGAGCUCACCAACAAUAUUGAAGACAAAGUAUUGCGUGAAUUGAUGAUAUGCCAUAAACAUUUUCGUGAAGAUGAUUGGUCGUUAGUAACAACGAAGUACUUUAAGUCAACUGCUGUUCCACGGCGAGCUAUCGGUGCGAAGAUCAAGAAACCUCUACACAAGGCCAAAAUAUAUGUACACUCAAGCUGUAAUGACGAUAAUGUCACACCGGAGCAUGGAUACUCUUUUCCAUUUACACUUCCUCGCAGUAGAACUAUGUGUUUUGUUACUGGUUGCCAGAGCCGGAUUUAA